UCAAAUGGACAUAAACGGGUGAUAUUGAAAUGGCGUCAGUCCCGGUGCGGUGCUGGUUCCUCUGCACUGUGUCUCUGCUCAACCUGCUGUUCGUCUUCAUAUCCGGGGCGCACUUUAUUCGCUUUAUAUCGUUUCGAGCCAUUUACCAUAAUAUCACAGGGGAGACGACUCUCUGCCGAGACUCCGUACCAUGGUCCGUGGCCCUGAGGGACAGCUCGGUCCUGAGCUGUCUGGCUGUGGAUCUCUCCCUGCUGGCUCUCUUCACCGUCCAGCACAGCCUGUUUGCCUGGUCACCCGUCAAACAGACACUACAGUCGCUGCUGGGAGUCCUCAACAGGACAGCAUACUGCUUUACUACUGCGCUGGCCCUCCAGAUCCUGGUUCAUUACUGGCAGCCUGUGACGGGCGCCCCGUGUCUGUGGUCCGUCCGCCACGCACCCUGGAGUAUCUGGUUCCCUCUGCUCUGCUUUACGCUGCACUUCCUCUGCUGGGCCAUCAUUUGCAGCAUCCUCAUGAUUUUUGAUUACUCAGAACUAUUGGGAAUCAAGCAGGUAUAUUACGAGUGUGUGGGUUUAGAGGACCCUUUGACUCCUAAGUCAGCCGGUGCCCGGCGUCUCCUCUCCCACCUCCGCCACCCGGUGUGCCUGGAGCUGUCCGUGGUGCUGUGGCUCCUGCCGGCGUUAACCCUGGACCGGCUGCUGCUGGCGGGGACUCUGUCGGCCUACUUGGUCCUGUCACACUCUCUGGACAAACAGGAUUUAUCCUACCUGUACGUGCAGCUCAAAAGCAAAAUGCAGCUCCUCGCUGAGCCACAUGGGGGCAGUGCUGCAGCAGAAUCUGAGCAGGAAGACAGCAACCACAAGGAGAAGUGAGGUCAACCUGUGUCAUCCAAAACUGCUACACAUUGAUGUUAAUCACAAAUGCUGUUUCAAAGCUGACAUUUGAGAGUCACCUUGGUGUCGUCUCUAAGCUUGGUAUUUUUUUAUGAUUAUUUUUGGCUGUUUUUCUCACUCUCGAGUGUGGUUUUUGAAGGGGAGAGUAUCGUUACAUUUAUCUUAAUGCUUGCAGGACUGUCUCAGAAAAUUAGAAUAUUGUGAUUUUCUGUAAUGCAAUUACAAAAACUAAAAUGUCAUACAUUCUGGAUUCAUUACAAAUCAAUUGAAAUAUUG